ACCGAAACGGGAAGGAGAGCAGUUCGGUGGCCUGUGAGUGUCCGGUAUAUCAACACGUUGCCCUGACGAACCGGCGGUCCCGUACAGAAGCGCCACCCACCGGUUGCCCCUUCCGCCACCGAUCCGACUACCGCCGCUGCGCUGUUACCAGAGGGGAAAUGCAGCCGCAGCACGCCCUAAGCAUAAACCUGACGUCGACGAAGGAGGGGAAGCGCCUUCUCUGCCUCCUCUCCGCCUCCCUUGCCUCUCUCCUCCUUUUCAUACUCUCCUUCUCCUGCCGCUUGCCUUCCCCUCUGUCUUCCAGGCCCCGCCUUCAGUCCAACCCCCCGAUCCCCUUCCGUGAGCCUAGCUCCGCCUCCGCCUCCACCACUCCACCGCCUCCCUCUCUCGCCUACUUCAUCUCCGGCUCCAACGGCGAUGGCGACCGAGUCCUUCGCCUUCUCCACGCUGUCUACCAUCCGAAGAACCGGUAUCUUCUCCACCUCGACAGCUCCGCUUCUCAGGACCAGAGGGAACGGCUUGCUCUCGCCGUGCAGUCCGUCCCCGUGUUUAAGGCUGCCGGAAAUGUAGACGUCAUGGGCAAGCCGGAUACCGUCAACCCCCGGGGAUCGACGGUCGUCUCCGCGACUCUCCAUGGGGCCGCCAUCAUGCUUCGGUAUUUGGAAGAGUGGGAUUGGUUCAUCAACUUGUCAGCCUCAGAUUACCCGCUGAUCACUCAGGACGAUCUGCUUCAUUUGUUAUCCUUUGUACCAAGGGAGCUAAACUUUAUACAGCACACAAGUCAUAUUGGUUGGAAAGAGUACCGGAAGCUCAAGCCAAUUAUUGUUGACCCCGGACUUUACCUUUUAUCCAAGAGUGAUGUAUUUUAUGGAACACAGAGGCGUGAUAUGCCUAAUGCCUACAAAUUUUUUACAGGUUCUGCUUUUGCUAUUUUGAGUCGUAAGUUUAUUGAAUACUGCAUAUUGGGUAUGGACAACUUGCCAAGGACUCUUCUGAUGUAUUAUACAAAUGUUCCUGCUUCACAUGAGUGUUAUUUUCAUACGGUAGCCUGCAAUGCAGAAGAAUUCAAAAGAACAAUUGUUAAUGAAAAUCUACAAUUUGCUGCAUGGGACAGUCCUCUGAAGUCAACAUAUCGAAUGCUUGAAUUGGUUGAUCUUGACAACAUGACAAAAAGUGGUGCAGCAUUUGCUCAAUCUUUCAAACGAGAUGAUGCAGUGCUUGACAAGAUAGAUGAGGUGGUGCUAAACCGUCAAAGCGGGAAGGUUGUUCCUGGUGCAUGGUGCAUAGGCAAGGGACGUGACCCCUGCGUUGUGUGGGGAGAUGCUGAUAUUCUUAAGCCUGGAGCUGGAGCCAGAAGGGUUGAGAGGCUUCUGAUCAAAAGCCUUGCAAAUGAGACAUUCCAUUCUAUGCAGUGUCUAUCUGAAUAAUCCACACCUUGCCCAUUGGUUGCAGUAAAGUAUAUUUUCUGGCAUACUUCACCAGCGGAUGGGGUAGGGUUCUUUUUUGCGAGAGAGGAGGCUGUUUUUUGUUCAGCCCAUCAUAAUCUGAGAUGAAAACCAAGAUGUUUUAUUGAUUUACUGGGAUGGCAGGUGUUCUCCUGGAAGAUGCAAGCCUUUCGUCCAUUGCCUUCUUUUUCACAAUUGGAAGGAACAGGCGCGAGUUUCACUCACCGAAGACUGGGCAUGUCAUGUACCUUUACUAACAAGGGGUUCCUUAUUCAUUGUUUACAUAAGCGCUUGUAAAGAACUAAAAUCUAAUCUUAAUUGAAUUUUUAAUUGUUUGUGAAGA